GGGGAAAAAACUGCCAUGCAUGAGUCUCAACAGUAACGCAAAGAUGGCCACUCAUGAGAAGACAAUCAGCAAGCAACAGAGACCAUCUCUAAGAAUCCCAUUUGGUCAUCCAUGUAGAACAGAUAUAUUGCUCCUCAAAAAUGGUCAAAUGGCAUCGAAACACCCACGAGCCUUUCCAAUGCUUGGAGAACUUCCUUCCUUGGCAGGGUUACUGCUCUACCCUGGUAAGCGGGAAAAGAUGGUAACCACAACAGAAACUGAAUUUGGACCCAAACCCUGCCCAAAGGUAGAGCCCAAGAAGAUCCUACAGUGCAACCUAACUCUAGAUGGUGACAGGAGUUUCAGCACAACAAAUAGAGAGGAUUACCCUUAUUACAAACCAGAUGGCGCUCUGAUUGUGUGGCAUGGAAGAAUCCCCGCAAGAGAAAACAGGACUGGCCAAGCACAGAGAUGUUCUCUUUACCAGCAGGACUUCCCUGCUCCAAAUAGAAUCUAUGUCCGGAGAAAUCAGGUCGCCCCUCAUCCUGACAACCUGGCGAUCAACACUUCAAUGAGAGCUGAAUACAAAACAGUGCAGAAAGAGGCUUUUCCAGGCUGGGACGUGUCUGUGCACGCGCGCCCACCACCUGCCCGUCUCAAAAGAACAGCUGUAGCUGACGGUUGA